AUGGUUGACGCUGCCGACAAAUUGGGUUACUUCCAAGCGAUUACAGGUCUCGAAGAUCCCGAUUUGUGCACUGAGAUCCUUCAAGCUCAUGGCUGGGACCUCGAACUCGCAAUCUCCUCUUUCACAUCAUCUGACCCACGCGACGAUGUCGACGCUUCCUCUUCUCACGCCGAUGGUGGUGCCAAUCGCGAUCGCUCAGCCGCCGUCUUUCCUGAAACCGCGAAUCCCGGAUUGGACGAUUACCCUUCUCGCGGAAUCGUUGACGAUUCGGAACUUGCUCUCCGUGACGACGGAAGAGGAGGGUUCAGACCUCCGGGAAUAGCUUGGAGGAUUAUCACUUUACCGAUUUCGAUCGUUUCCGGCAGCUUAGGGUUAGUCUCCGGCGCGAUCGGCUUCGGAUUUUGGGCUGCGGGUGGAGUUUUAUCGUAUUCGAUUGGUAUGUUAGGGUUUGGAUCAGGUCGAGGUGGUGGUUCUGAGUCGUCGUCGUCGUCAUCGGCUCGGGUUGUGUCGUCUUCAGCAGAAGGUGAAGCAAUGGAAUUCGUUGCCUUGUUCGAUAGAGAUUACGGGAGAAACUCUCCUUUCAAGCCUGAUUUCGUAAUCGAAGGGUUCAUGGAUGCGCUUCAACGGUCAAGGAGCUCGUUUAAGCUCCUUUUCGUUUACUUGCACUCUCCAGACCAUCCUGAUACGCCUGCGUUCUGCGAGAGGACGCUCUGCAACGAAACGUUUGUGGCGUUUUUGAACGAGAAUUUCGUUACCUGGGGAGGUAGCAUUCGGUCUAGUGAAGGGUUUAAGAUGAGUAAUAGCUUGAAGGCUUCAAGGUUUCCUUUUUGCGCUGUGGUUAUGCCUGCUGCUAACCAGAGAAUCGCUCUUCUUCAGCAGGUCGAGGGACCAACAACGCCAGAAGAGAUGCUUGCUAUAUUGCAGAGAGUGGUAGAAGAUAGUUCACCAGUUCUGGUAACGGCUAGGGUUGAGGCGGAGGAAAGGAGAACAAAUUUGCGCUUGAGAGAGGAACAAGAUGCUGCCUACAGGGCAGCUCUUGAAGCCGAUCAGGCAAGGGAGAGGCAGAGACAGGAAGAGGAAGAGCGUAAAGAGAGGGAAGCUGCUGAGGCAGAGAGGAAACUCAAGGAAGAAGAAGAGGCUAGGGAGAGAGAAGAACGUGAAGCUGCGGAGAGAGAAGCUGCUAGAGUUAGAAUGAGACAAGAGAAAGCACUUGCUCUUGGAGACGAACCUGAGAAAGCCCCUGAUGUUACUCAAGUUUUGGUACGGUUCCCGAAUGGAGAAAGAAAAGGGAGGAGGUUCGAGAGCAAGACCAAGAUACAGACAUUGUACGAUUACGUUGAUUCGCUUGGAGUGUUGGAAACGGAAGAGUACAGCUUGAUAACAAACUUCCCAAGAACAGUGUACGGAAGAGACAAACAGUCAAUGUCAUUGGAAGAAGCAGGUUUGCAUCCUCAGGCAAGUCUCUUCAUUGAGAUCAACUAA